GCCACGCAUGAUUCUUUGCAUGACCGAGACUACCCCGUGAUUAGUUUUCCGAGUUUGCAGGAAACGUGUCACGUCUGUAGUUUGUCAGAAUCAUGGCUUCUCCAGAGGGAAAUAAAGGACGGAAGAUUGUUAUCCCGGUAGAUGGAAGCAAACACAGCGAACGUGCAUUCGACUGGUAUAAAGGAGCUCUGCACCGUGGUAAUGAUGAAGUCUUUGUCGUUCAUGCCUUUGACCCUUAUGCUGCCCCACCAACGCCAUAUCCAUAUGGCUUUGCUUUCCCUGAAGACUGGGAACAACACAUGAAGAAGACAGUGGACGAUGCAAAGAGUGUCAUGGAGUAUUAUGAGAAGAAAUGCAAGGACAGCAAGAUGAAGUGCACAAUGCUGACUAAGCCAGGUGAUCCAGGCGAGACUAUAUGCGAGAUUGCCAAGGACAAAAAUGCUGAUCAGAUUAUAAUGGGUAGUCGCGGCUUAGGCACAGUUCGACGCACCAUUGUAGGAAGCGUCAGUGAAUUCUGUUUGCACCAUACUCACAUUCCUAUGUCCAUUGUCCCACCUGAAAAGCCAGAUGGUUUGGGGUUUAUCAACAAGUAGAAUAAUAAUAAGAUUUUGACAAAAUCUCUCAUGAAAUGGGGGUUAAGAAGUGUGUACUUUACUAGUUAAAAUUUAGAGGAUAGAAAUAAUAAAUAUACAUAUCUCA